AUGGCGGACCCUGUCCAGCUCUCCGUGAUCGAGGCUCAAAAGGAAAAUAUUAUUGCCCUUCCCGGCGGCCGUUCAGCACGUGCUCUCGCCCAGUCUAUUCUCGCUGCUGAAGACACGGAAACUCAGAAUCUUGAACAUGCAGCUGCACGUGAAGCCUUCGAAAACGAGCUAAAAACCGCGGACGAACUCGAUGACCCUCUGGAUCCUUUCUUACGAUACGUGAGGUGGAUACAAGAAACCUACACCGCUGGCGGUGGAAGGCUUCUAGAAAAGACCUUGUACCGUGCUACACAUAAAUUCGAGGACUCUGCAGAGUUUAAGAACGAUGCCAGAUACCUGAAGCUCUGGAUGACAUGGAUCCAGCAGUUUUCUGAUGCCCCAAGGGAAUCAUUUGCUUUUUUGGCUAGGAAGGGAAUCGGUGCUGGGCUAGCUUUAUACUACGAGGAGUUUGCAGGCUUCUUAGAGUCACAAAACCGUAGGGCACAGGCAGAAGAGAUCUACGAGAUGGGAAUCCAGAGAAAUGCACGACCAGUUGAAAGGCUACGAAGGAAAUACGACGAGUUCGCAGUCAGACUAGCCGCCAACCCACCAGACGUCAACGAACCAAGUUCACCGGCUGUUCCUAUUGUUCGUGCUGCGCUUGGUGAGAGGAGAAGCGAGACAGAAGCGAGAGAUCCACAAGCUCCCGCCCAAGGGUUUGGAGCGGAAGGACAAGCCCCACAAAAGAAGAAAAACAAAAUGAUGAUCUUCUCAGAUGCCCCGGGUACUGCUGCACCAGCACUUCCAGAACAAUCAGAAAGAGACGGCGGGUGGGAUAGCAUUGCCACUCUAGCAGAAAGAAGGAAAGAAAACGUGGAAGCCCCAAGACCGUGGGCGGGUGAAAUCCUAAAGCAGGAAGGGGCACCAGCACCCAAGAAAGGGAAGCUCCAGAUUUUCCGUGAUCCAGCAGCUUUCCAGUCACAGUCGCAUUCCCAAGAGCCAUCUUUAUCACAAUCCGGCAAACCGAGACGCCGGGAAUCUGUGUUUGCGGCACUCGAACUUGUUUAUAUGCAUGGAGAAGGACGUGAUGAGUGUGAUUUUGACGAACUACGGGCACGGUCCCGUGGUUUGCUUGAUAUCGAUUGGGUUGAGAUGCGCAGAGAAGAUGAGAGAAGAAAUCAGCGCCAGAAACAGCUCGACCGUGACCGGGCAAAGGCACAGCAGGAAGAUGAUAUGAUGAUGGAUAUGUUGGGUAGCCGACACGCGGUUGUAGAGAAGGAGCCCCAGGAGGUACCUGAUGAAAACGCGAAAUUCGUCACCAAGAGUACUACCGUUACCCUCGCAUUGUCGUCUUCGCCCAAGGGUAAGCCGAAAAAGAAAAGGCGGUCUAUGGCUAUGCAGUUAUCUACAGAACCGACUAUGACUAUGCACACACGAGCUGCGAAUGAUGAAAUAUACAGCAUCUUUAACCAGCCUUUCGUCGCACAAGAUGACUUCUCAUCACAAGGAAAGAAGCAGGGGUCUUCUGAUGAGGACGAAGAGGAGGAGGACGGCGAGCAGAAUGAUACCAUGUACAGCCAAGGCGGCCAGGACCCCAACGACGAACGUACAGAUAUGCUUAGAGGAGCCUUUGGGGAGAACGAGGACACAGGUUUUACCGCAAUCGAUGUCGAUACGUUACGUCAGAGAGCUCAGGAAGAAGGUGUUCCAAUUGAACAGUUGGACCAGAUGCACCUGGAUAACGAAGGUGGCGCACACGAAGAACUAAUGGAUGAAGAGCCGCAUACAAUAUACAAUCACCGAGGAUCACGCCAGUUACCUUUUAUGACUCCAAUUGUCGAGCAAACGGAGUCUCUACCACCAUCUACGGUUCGAGCAGGCCGAGGGAGGAGGAAGUCUACUACCACGCCCUGUAAGCCAGGACGAAUGGGAAGAGACGACGCCCCUCUUGAUCUCUCGAGCCCGUUCCAAGAUGAAAAUGACAACGCUCUCCCAAGAAAUAAUGGUAAAAUAGCUGUUUUACCUGACAAAGAAAAUAUACCAGAGAUUCUGUCGGAGAAGCACCAACGUUCAAAGCCUACGGAAACGUCAUUGAUCUCCUUUGAAGACCUAGAGCCGAGAGAAAAUGCGAAGGAGGUUAAGAAGUCGGUCACAUCCAAUGCGUUACAGCCGAAGAAACAAGUCGCUCCGGGUCCUUCAUCCAAGAGUAGCUCCGGAUCUACCAUUGAUGAUGCGCAAUGCAACCCGAUGGAUCCGGCUCUUCGGGACAUCAUCAUUUCAAAACUGUCGGAGCCUCUCGCAUCUUUCAAGGGAUUUUAUGACAACUCGACCCAACCAAGCAAACGUUCGGAUGGAAUCAGGAAAUACAUCAGAGCCAUAACUGCGACCGGAAAGGAUGCACCCAAAGUGAUACCCUCACAGCCGGUCAUCGGUCUCGAAAAUGGUGAAAUUUCAUAUACCAUUCGGAAAGAGAUCGGGAAGGGAGCAUUUGCUCCAGUUUAUCUCGCCGAGAAUAACAUGGCAGGGAUGUACGAUGAUGAAGACGGAGAAGAGGAAACUGCAGGCGAAACCGCAACAGUCGGAAUCAGCAAACGAUGUGAACUUGAAGCUAUCAAAAUGGAAACGCCAAUCUCGACCUGGGAGUUUUAUGUUACGCGGCUAGCUCAUCAACGCUUAGGGAAUCACAGGGCUACACAGUCACUCGUCAAUGCGCACGAGUUCCAUUUAUUCAAAGAUGAAGCUUUCUUGGUUAUAGAUUACUUCGCCCAGGGAACCUUGCUGGACUUUGUCAACGCCACAGCAUCCCCAAACACCUCGUUCCACACACAGAGCGGCACCAUGGAGGAGAUCUUAGUUAUGUUCUUCGCUGUCGAGCUUCUCAGAACCGUCGAGGCGCUACACUCACGUGGUCUGCUUCACGGAGAUUUAAAAGCAGAUAAUUGUCUGCUCAGAUUACAGCCUGUCGGUGCAAAUGGCAAUAACCCCAAUGAGAAGGACUCGGAAUGGAGUUCAUUAUAUGACCCAGAAGGAGAAAAUGGGUGGGAUAAGAAGGGACUUGUCUUAAUUGAUUUCGGCAGAGGGAUUGAUAUGCAUAACUUUAGGAAAGAUGUUGGAUUCCUCGCAGAUUGGAAGACAGACAAGCAAGAUUGCCCGGAGAUGAGAGAGAUGCGACCUUGGACCUAUCAAAUCGAUUACUAUGGCGUUGCUGCGGUCGUCCACAGUAUGCUUUUUGGGAAAUAUAUUGAAACUACUACGGUUAGCGGGGAUAACGCCCCAGGAAGGCCGAAGAGGUAUAAGAUUGUGAGCGGGAUGAAGAGGUACUGGCAAGGGGAGAUUUGGCUUGAGAUGUUUGAUUUGUUGUUGAAUCCAGGGAUGUUUGUGGAGGGAGAGGAAGGAGGAGUUAUGCCUGUUACAAAGGGAGUGAGGGCUGUGAGACACAAGAUGGAAGAGUGGAUUGUGGCGAAUUGCGAGAGAGGCUUAGGUUUGAAGGGAUGGUUGAGGAAAGUGGAGGAUGGCGUGAAAAGGAGGAGAUAG